AUGAAACUGACAUUGAUAAAUUUAUUUGAAAUAUUUGAUCCUUCAUCAAAUAAUUAUCUAUCAUUAAAUUGACUUUUUAUAUUCCUUCCAAUUUUAGUCUUCCCAAGAAUUUAUUGAUUAAUUCAAUCACGAAUUUUAUAUAUUAUUAAAUUACUUUUAAAUUUUAUAUAUAAUGAAUUUAAAAUUAUUUCUAAAUCAAAAUAUCAAUCUAACAUUAUUAUUUUUAUUAGAUUAAUAAUUUACAUUAUAAUUGUAAAUAUUUUUAGAUUAAUACCUUAUAUUUUUACAUUAACAAGACAUCUAUUAUUAAAUAUAGCUUUAUCUUUAACUUUAUGAUUUAGAUUUUUAAUCUAUUUAAUUUAUAAUAAUUAUAUUGCAUUUCUUAGACAUUUAGUUCCUUUAAAUUCACCAGUUUUUUUAAUAAAUUUUAUAGUAAUUAUUGAAUUAAUUAGAUUAAUUAUUCGACCAUGAACAUUAUCAAUUCGAUUAUCAGCAAAUUUAAUUUCUGGACACUUAAUUUUAACAUUACUAGGAAUUUUUAUUAGAAAUUUUAUUUCAAUCUUACCAAUUAAUCUUUUAAUUCAAAAUAUAUUAUUAACCUUAGAAAUUUUUAUAUCAAUUAUUCAAAGUUAUGUAUUUUCAAUUUUAUUAAUUCUUUAUUUUUCUGAAUCUAAUUAA